AAAAGAAUUAAACAACAACAACAACAAAACAACAAAAAACAACAAAGAGGAACCAAGAAACAAAGAAAGGGGUGGGGUGGAGGGUGAAAAAACGACAAGAAAACGUUCACGAUAGCCUUUUUAUUUUUACAUGUAUUCGUAGUACUAAAAAAAAAAAAUAAAAAAAUAAAAAAUAAAAAAAUAAAAAAAUCAACACCUGAUCCCUGACCUAUAUACUUGAGCAUGAUUAUUUAUCUUUGACACUGAACCCAAAUACAGUUUCAACAGUAUGCGUUCUUUGUGGAUUGUGUUGGCUUUUGUCACUGAAUAUCUCGUUACGUUUUCAGUUGAAGCCUCGUGUCCGAAUCUAUUCGUGCAUCACAAUGCAUCGUGUUACUUGUUUGUCAAUAGAGGGAUGUCAUGGCAACGGGCUCAACAACACUGUCAUUCCUUAGGCGCUCACCUGGCGACUGUGACGACAUCAGAAGAGAACGCGUUCCUGGUUGGCUACCUCAAACAACAGCAAGCAAUAUUCUUUGGAUAUGAUUUGUGGCUUGGGGCCAGCGAUUCAUUAUUGGAUAAAACAUGGCGCUGGGUAGCUGACGACAAUUCGCUAGUGACGUAUUCGGACUGGUCGCCAGGGCAACCUGAUGGUUCGUAUCAGGGUCUGGAGCGUUGCCUCGAAUACGAGGCUCAGUACGAUCUACACUGGAAUGACGACGAAUGCGAGGACCACGACUUCUUUAUUUGCGAAAGACCAUUCAAUCCACCGACACCACCACUGCUACCCCAUGUUGGCUGACAGAAGUUCAAAUCGUCAGGGUGGUAACUAAACGGGAAGCCCGGUGGUAUGAAUGACUUCAUUGUAAUAAAAGCUGGAAACAGAAA